AUGAGUCGUCUCUUUCAACUGCAGGAAAACUGCCUGCGAACGAUGGGGCAUAGUCCCCCCAAUAUUGAUACAAACGAAAAGAUAUCUCUAAAAUUGAAUCACGUUAUCUCACUGUUAUUCGUUAUAUCGGCGCAGUAUCCUCUUAUCUCCUAUAUCUUUUAUAAGCGAAAUGAUAUGGAGGAAAUCACAGCCUGUCUAAGUGUUGUGUUCACCAAUCUGCUAACCGUCAUUAAGAUUACAACUUUUCUGGUGUUUAAGAAGAACUUUUGGAAAAUGAUUAACCGCUUCAGGGAAAUGCAUGAGGAAUCAGGUGACGGCAAUGGAUACGGCUAUGUGGAAGAGGCCAACAAACAGGCUUCCGUACUGGGAAGAGCAUAUUGCAUCUCCUGCGGCCUAACGGGCGUAUACUUUAUGUUGGGACCCAUAGUACAAAUCGUGACUAGCAAGUGGCGAGGCACAAUAUAUGUCAGGGAACUACCCAUGCCCAUGAAGUUCCCCUUUAACGAUGUGGACAGUCCCGGAUAUGAAUUUGGGUUUAUGUAUACCGUGCUCGUUACUGUCGUCGUUGUGGCCUACGCAUCAGCUGUCGAUGGUUUGUUCAUUUCAUUUGCCAUUAAUCUGCGAGGACACUUUCAGACCUUGCAGCAGGAAAUCGAGCACUUUGAUUUGACCUUGUCCGAAAAGGACAUACAGGCGGGUUUGAAAUCGGUGGUGCAUUAUCACGAGGAACUGCUCUCCUUAUCAACGAAAUUGCGCUCGAUCUACAUGCCCACAGUGUUUGGACAGUUUGUCAUUACAUCCUUGCAAGUGGGAGUGAUAAUCUACCAGCUCGUAACGCAUAUGGACUCAAUUAUGGAUCUGUUGUUAUACGCCUCUUUUUUUGCUUCUAUAAUGUUGCAAUUAUUUAUUUAUUGUUACGGUGGUGAAAUAAUUAAAGUUGAGAGUUUGCAGGUUGAUGUGGCUGUCCGGCUUUCAAACUGGUAUUUAGCCUCUCCGAAGAUUCGAAGAUCUUUAUCCAUGAUCAUAAUGCGGUCCCAGCGGGAAGUACUGAUUAGAGCCGGAUUCUAUGAUGCCUCUUUGGCGAAUUUUGUUGCAAUUUGCAGGACUGCAUUAUCAUUGAUAACGUUAAUAAAGUCUAUGGAGUAA